CUGGCGGCUCACUGGUUCGGCCCGAGACAGAUCAACAUGGCCACGGCCAUCGCCUACGGCGGUCUCGUGGUCGGCGUCUCGACCUUCUCGCUGCUCACACCCAUGAUCGUGAGGGUCAACGAGGAUCAGCGCGUGGUCGAGGCGCAGAUGAAGUCGCUGGGCCUGCCGCUGGCCGGCUACUGCACGCUGGUCAUGAUACUCAUCCUCUUGUUUUUUCAGAACGAGCCUAAACUGCCACCGAGCAAGUCCAGAGCUCUGCAGUUGCGGCUCAAAGGCAAGCGCUUCGUCUUUUGGAAAUCUUUCGCGCGACUGCUCAGGAAUCGAAAUUAUGUACUGCUCUGGAUAUCUCACGGCAUCAACGGCGGCCUCAUCGUCACUUCUCACGCGUCCGUCAAUGUUCUCGUUUUGGCGCACUUCAAGAACGGAGAACGGGAUGCCGGGAGACUUAGUUUGUUAUUUUCGACAUGCGGUUUUUUCUUGGCCAUAAUCAUGGGUAAAGUUCUGGACAAAACGAAACAAUUCAAAGCCAUGAUGAUUUUUUUGUACACGGGAAGUAUCUUCUCGAUCAUCGCUGUUGGAUUGUCGUUUCAUUUCGAGAUUAAGUGGGCGAUGUAUUUAUCGUUCACCGUUAUGGGGAUUUUCAUGCACAGCUACCAGACGACGAGUUUCGACACCUGCGCGGAAAUCACCUACCCCGAGCCGGAAAUCUUCUGCGUGUCGAUGCUCAAUCUGAUGAAUCAGGUCUUUGCCGUUUUCACCAUCACCUGCAGCGACAAGCUCAUCGUUCGCUACGGCGACGCGGCGGCUUACUGCCUAUUUCUCGGCCUCGCGCUCCUGGGAUUCACGGCGACUCUGCUGACGGCUGACGAGCGUAGACGCCAGAACGCCAACGAUCGCUCGAGGCCGUGACGAAUCUAUCCUCUCUUUUGAUUCAUAAUCUCCUGAAAUUUGUUUCUGUACGACAUAAUGAAAGCAAAUGAAUAACUUAUUUUUGAA